AUGGUGGAGAUGAAGAAGUUGGCUCUUAGCAACGACAUGAAAUCAAAUAGAAGACCACUACCAUCCAAGACUUUGAACACGGCAACACUAAAACGCCAACCUCCAUCACUCAGAAUCUCCAUUCCUCCUCAAUCGAAGUUCAAAGUCUCGGCCUUUAACAAAAUCCACAGCAACCCCACUUCUCAGAUCUAUGAAGCUACCAAGUUCCUUAAAACCCCUUGUCGAUUUGGGGAUUUUGGAAGAAAACCCACUUCACAGAUCGCUAAAUCAGCAUCUGGAACUUCUCAAGAUUCAACCCCGGAUGAAGAACUUGAAAAAAAGCCUAACAAGACUCUCCAGCUUGGGAUUGUAUUCGGAUUUUGGUACUUUCAGAACAUUGUUUUCAAUAUUUACAAUAAGAAAUGCUUGAACAUUUUCCCAUAUCCAUGGCUUCUUGCUUCCUUUCAACUCUUUGUUGGUUCUCUAUGGAUGUUGUUUCUUUGGGCUUCAAAGCUUCAACCUUGCCCCAAAAUCGACAAAUCAUUUAUCAUCGCUCUUCUAGGCCCUGCACUUUUCCACACAAUCGGUCACAUUUCUGCAUGUGUUUCAUUCUCUAAAGUCGCUGUUUCUUUCACUCAUGUCAUCAAAUCAGCAGAACCCGUUUUCUCUGUUGUUUUUUCCUCUGCUUUAGGCGAUACUUACCCGUUAUCCGUUUGGUUAUCGAUCUUACCAAUCGUUAUGGGUUGUUCUUUAGCUGCUGUUACAGAAGUUUCCUUCAAUCUUGGUGGAUUAUGGGGUGCUAUGAUUAGUAAUGUUGGAUUCGUGCUUAGAAACAUUUACUCCAAAAAGAGUUUGCAGAACUUCAAGCAUGUAAAUGGGUUGAAUCUAUAUGGGUGGAUUACAAUCCUCUCAUUCUUUUACCUGUUUCCAGUUGCGAUUUUUGUUGAAGGAUCUCAAUGGGUUCCUGGAUACCAUAAAGCAAUUGCAAGUAUUGGAACACCAUCGACUUUUUAUCUAUGGGUGAUGAUAUCUGGAGUGUUUUAUCAUCUUUAUAACCAAUCAUCGUAUCAAGCACUUGAUGAUAUAAGUCCGUUGACUUUUUCAGUUGGGAAUACAAUGAAAAGGGUUGUGGUGAUUGUUUCUACUGUAUUGGUUUUUAGAAAUCCAGUUAGGCCUUUGAAUGCACUUGGAUCUGCCAUUGCUAUUUUUGGUACGUUUUUGUAUUCACAAGCGUCAUCAAAGAAGAAGGCUGUGGUGGAAAAGAAGGAUUAA